GAGGAGGAGGUUAUAGGUGAGCUCAGCAGCUCGGUGUGUAUCUCCCUCACACAUACACACACUUGACACACUCUCUGUAGUGUUACUGGAGCAAAGAAGUCAGAGCUCUCUCUUUAUCAACUCUUCAGAGAAAGGGAGCGAGGGUUAGAGAGAGAGAGAGAAUAAAACUGCGUCUGUGGGGGAUAAGGAUUUUUAUCGUUUCCUCGUGAAACCAGGGACUGCCAAGAUGUUUAAAAAGAAACCCAAGAAUGUAACUCCCCCCAAAACCAAGAAGGUACCCUCAAAACUCUCUCAACUGAUUGAACGACUGCAAGUAAAUGCAGAUAAUGUGGAGAAGAAUAUCUACAAGGUGGAGGAGUGCCUGCUGCAAGAUAUCAGGAGGAUAGAGGAUGGGAAAGAGUUCAUAUUCCGUGAGGAAACUACCAAGUUGAUGGAUGAGUCUGAUAACCUGCUGGUAGACCUUCAGAACGAUGCUCAGACAGCCAAUGCUGAGAAGCAUCCGCAGUCUGACAUGAUUGUGGAAGAUAUCAAGCAGUUGAAACAAAGAGUGCAGAAGCUGCGAUCGGAACAUGAGAAGGUUUACAACCUGACCCGGACGGAUGGAAUUCCUACAAUUGACUGGUCCAAAAUGAUCGAAGAGAAACAAGCUGAACUGAAUAACCAAGGCUUUGGCAACGAGCUGCCAUUUGUUGAUCAGCAACUGGAACACCACCAGCUCUUCACCAAAGAGGUUGAAACAAUUGGGGACCACAUCAAGAAGAAUGAGGACCAGGACUACAUCAGUGGUAUUCAACUGAAGUACAACAAACUGUUGAGCUUUGUGGGCCGACACCUAGAGGCGAAAGAAGCGACCGUUAAUAAACUGCAUGAAGAAGGCAAUAAACUGCUACAAGCAAAUCACCCAGGGAAGAAUGCUAUCGAGGCUCACAUGGAAGCUGUUCAUGCUGACUGGAAAGAAUACCUCAACCUGCUAAUCUGUGAGGAGAACCACCUCAAGAACAUGGAUGACUACCACAAGUUUUACAAAGAUGCAAAGGACAUGCAGGAUCUUCUGAAGAAAGUUGACACUGAUCUGGAUCAGAAGUACAAUCCAGAAUUCAAGGAUGAAUUCCAGCUUCAGACUCUGCUGCGUGACCUUGAAGACCAGGAUCGAGCGCUGGACAAGUACGAUGACGCAGUGAAAACUCUGAAGAAACGUAGCCAGCAGGUGCUGCCUCUCAAGUAUCGGCGCGCCAACCCUCCCAAACCCGUCCCAGUAGAGGCUCUUUGUGACUUCGAUUCUGAAGAAACACAUAUCCAACGUGGGGAGAGAUAUACAUUGAAUAAGAACCUCAAUGGAACUCACUGGGAAGUGUCGGAUACGGCUGGUCAGAAACAGAAAGCUCCUGCUGUUUGUUUUAUUAUUCCUCCGACUGACCCUGAGGCCGUAGCCAUUGGUGAUGACAUCACCAAUCAAUACAAUAGUGUCAAACAGAAGAGUGGCAGUACCAAGAACGUUCUCCAGAAACGUUUCAACGAGAUUAACCAAGUUAACAAACCAGUGGUGAAGACCCCCCAGGUUCCUGUCUCAAAUACCCAGGACCAGCAAUGUCUGAAACUGCUAUCAGACUUGGAUAAGAUUCAGAAUGAUGUUGCCAAACAGGAGAAGGCAAUCCAGUCCUGUACACGGCCACCCCUGGAGCAGAAGAAGCCCAUCCAGGACAGCAAGGACCGUAUCCAGGAUCUAAAGAACAUCAGUGGUUCGAUCGGCCAGAUUGAAAUAACAAAGAUGUCCAAAGAAAGGGAGUGUCAGGGAUUUCUGUCACAGUAUCCCCAAGUGGCUGGUGCCCCUCAACUUCGUACCAAACUGGAUGACACGAACAACAAAUUUGACCAGGUCAGCCUCCUGCUCAGCUGCUCCGAGGAGAAGGCCCAGGCUGCCAACAAGUUGGAGAACACCCUCCAGAAAGGCAGAACCACUUUGUCAGAAUAUGAGAACAAAUUGCUCAAGGAUCAGACUGUUCCAGAUAGCAUCUGGGGACUGGACAGCAAGAAGCAGGAACUUGAUGCCAUGCGCUCAGAUCUCAAAUCCAAGAAAGCAAUUCUUCAGGAGGCUGACCAGGACUUGAACAAAGUGAAGAGAACCUGCAACGUGCUGACCGACAACUUUCAGGAGCACUGUCCUGAUGUCGAGCGACAGACCACUGAGGUCAAGAAACUAAACCAGCGCUACGACAACCUCAACAAGCAACUGGACAUUCGGUCUGAAAAUCUACAAAACGCCAAGAAUGCAUACUCCAGUUUCCGGAGUGGGAGUGAUGCGCUGGACAGCUGGCUCUCCAAUAUACCGAGCUAUGAACCCCGGGAGACCGACAGUGCAAAGACCAUCGAUAACAAACUGAAGAAUCAAAUGCGUGUUUUAACAGAUAUUACUAACAAGGAGCCUGAACUAGCGAAAGUAUCCAGUAAUGCUCAGCAAUAUCAACAAGCAGCUAAGGAUUAUGAACUUGAGGCUGAGAUGUUUAAAUCGUUGAUCAACCCAGAUAAUGUGCAUAUGUCUUCUAAAAAACCAAAAUUCACAUCGCCAGCUGACAAGAUUAAAGAGGAGGAAACCGCCCUGGCCACCAAAUUUACAGCAGUGAAAGCCGCGAACAGUCAGCGUAUGCAGAACCUGGAGUUUGCGCAGGGCCUAUUGAAACAGCAACCAGAAAUGGAACAGAUCCAGCAACAGGUUCAGUCAAGAAGCUACGCUGCAGCGCCUAAGUUUGGGCAGGAUAAACAAUUGAACGAUGAGAUGCAACGCCGGCUGGAAAUGGAGAACGAAAUAAAGAAAGUGCAGCAGGAAAUUUCAGCCCUGGAGGGUCAGAAGCUCAAGGGGUCACUGGUCAAGAAAGAGGUUGUGAAGAAGAUUGCUGACCCACAGCUCGAUGAGGAGAUGCACAGGGUUCAGGAAGCUUUGGCCGACGAGCAAUUGCAAAGCAAGUCCCUCGAGAAUGAGCUGGAGAUCUUGCGUCGCAAGCUGCACGCUCUGGAGCAAGCAAAGAAAGAUCCUGCCAAGCAGUAUGUGGUCAAGGAGGUUCUUCGAAUCGAGCAGGACAAGGAUCAGGAGAAUGAGAUCCUGAGGCUCAGGGAGGAGCUGGAAGAAAUCAAAAGGCAAAAGGCAGCAAAGGCAAAUGACAUUUUGCUGCUGCAGAAACGUCUCCGUGUCUUGACCGAAGAGAAGAGCAAGGAGCAUGAGAAAAUCACCGAGAAAGAGGUCUUCAAGGUAAAGAAUGAUCCGGAAUUGGAGGUGGAGUAUAAGCGACUCCAGGACAAUAAGCAGCACGAAAGUCUCUUACGGCAGCAGAAAGAGGAGGAACUGAGCGUGCUCCAGCAAAAGUUGAGGCGGCUGGAGAGAGAAAAGGCCAAGGAAGAGGAGAAAGUGACUGUGAAGGAAGUGCUGAAGAUGGAGAAGGACCUGAAUUUGGAGAACGAGGUGAACAACCUGCGGCGCCAACACGAAGAUGAGAUGGCCAAGAAACGAUCCCAUGACCGGGAGAUCGCUGACCUGGUGAAAAGGAUCAAGCUCCUUGAGGAGGAGAAGGCGAAACCAGUUGUUCAAGAGAAGGUGCGAGAGAUCGUUCGGCCCGAUCCAAAUGCUGAAAUGCAGGUAGCGCACCUGAGGAAUGACCUGAUUGAGCAGCAGAGACGCUACAAAGACGCCGAACAGCAGCUGAAGAGCAUCCACGAUGAAAUCACACACUUAAAAGAUAAAGGUCCAAAAGUUGAGAUAAAGGACAACAUUAAAGAGGUCAUAAAAUACAAACCAGAUCCUGAAACCGAGCAGGAAUUGGAGAGACUACGGGAUGAGGUUGUGGACAAAACACGCCAAGUGGAAAGAGCUGAGGUGGAGAUCAGUCAGUUAGAGAAAGAGAUUGAGAUGUUGAAGAACAGCAAACCUCCAGUUCAGACCAAGGAAGUUGUCAAUGAAGUUCUCCAGUACCGUGAGAAUCCCCAGACCAGGCAGGAGGUCGAGCUCCUGAAAGCCAAACUAAUAGAAGAACAGAAAAAACAGCUGGAGCAAGAGAGAGAGAGAGCCGUAAAUGAGGAAAACAUCCAACAGAAGAAGAGGGAUCUGGCGCAAGUGCGAGAGAAGGUGGUGCACCAAGAAGUGGUGAAGUUGGAACAAGAUCCAACCUUGAAGGCAGAGUGUGGCAACCUGGCAAGUGAAAUCGAGCAGGAGAGAAGGCAGAAGGAAAAUCUGAAAGCCCAGAUCCAAACACUGCAACUCCGCAAAGCUGACUUAGAAGAGCAGCUCCAGGAGCUGGAGGCAGAGAGGCAAGCUCGACGCAACGCUGAAUUGGAGGUCAAGAGACUGCAGCUGAAGCUGGAUGACCUAGAGGAGAAGGAGAAGGAGAUCCGAGAUAAAGUAACGGUAAAGCAAAAGGUAGUCCUGCAGCAGGAUCCCCUGCAAGAAAAGGAGGUCUCGCUGCUGAAAUUGCAUGUGGAAGAUGAAAAAGUAAGUCGAAAUAACCUUGAAAACCACCUCCAGGCUCUAAAACUCAAACAGAUAGAACUUGAAACAACAAAAGUCAAGGAGAAAAAUGUUGUGACGGAGAAAGUUCAGGUGGAGAGAGACCCGGAGACGGAGUUGGAAAUUGAACGCCUUCGGAAAAGUUUGGAGGACGAGGGGAGACUGAAGCGUGACCUGCAAAAUGAGCUGGACCACCUGCACGCCAAACUGUCAGACUCUGAGUUCAAAGACACAAAGGGGCUGAAGGACUUGGAGCAUUUGAGAGAGGAGAAUGCCAAACUGCAGAGGGAAAACCAAGAUCUGGUGAAUGAGUGCAGGAGGCUGCAGUCGGACAUACAAGUAACCGUUCAGCAAACCCAAGAGGUCAAGUCCGAGAAGACGGUGUCGAGUGUUGGUAACACCGAUCUUAUGGAGUCACGGUUUGAAUCCCUCCAGAAGGAGCUUGAUGAUCUCAGGCGGACAGCCACCUCCAAGGAUUCUGAAAUUGCAAAUCUGGAGAAGCAACUAGAUGCAAUGAAAAUAAAGAGAGAGCAGCGGGAGAACAGUUUAAGGCGUCACAUUGUAGUUAUAGAUCCAGACACCGGCAAAGAGAUGUCGCCGCAGGAAGCCUACAAGCUUGGCCUCAUUAAUUGGGACAUGUUUAUCAACCUGCAAAGUCAGGAGUGUGACUGGGAGGAAAUAACAGUAAAAGGUCCCUCUGGCACUUCCUCUGUUCUCCAUGACCGAAAAUCUGGUGAGAAGUUUUCCAUCGAUGAGGCUUUACAGAAGGGAAAGAUUACUGAGAAACAGUUUAAACAGUACCUGAACAAGGAGAUCCCUAUCCAAGAAUUUGCAGUCCUAGUGUCAGGAAAAUCCGACGAUACACAUUUACCAUCUCCAACCAAGCAUCAGCCAAACUCAUCCACCAGCUCUAGCCAGCUCCAGAACUUCUCGUCAACUCAUGAAAAGCAGCAGCCAAUCGGAGGCAUCUUUGACGUAGACGAAGAUCGGAAAAUGUCGAUCACCAACGCAGCUAACCGAAAUCUGAUUGGCACAGACACUGCCCUGAGGCUGCUUGAAGCCCAAGCUGCAACUGGUGGCAUUGUCUCUGUGAUUGACGGCAGCAAAUAUGACGUAAAGAAGGCUGCAGAACUUGGCCUUAUCGAUAGUGCAGUCGUACAGAAGCUCGCCAAUGCGGAGAGCGCCUACAAAGGUAUUGAAGACCCGAAAACCAAGACGUUACUUCCAGCCGCUAAGGCUGCCGAGCGCGGCUGGCUUUACCGUGAGUCUGCCGAACGGUAUCUGGAAGCACAAUACCUGACAGGAGGUCUGAUUGACCCUGUCACGUCCGAAAGAAAAUCACUAACCAAAGCAAAAUCGUCCGGGUUGAUAGAUGAUGAUGGUGCCAUAAAGCUCAAAGAUGAGACCUUUUAUCAGAAAGAUCUGGUGGACCCGAUCAGCAAACGUCGCAUCAACUACAGGGAAGCAUUGGAUAUAUCCAUUGUCGACCAGGAAACUGGACUUCUGCUGCUGCCUGUCUCCUCCAAGUCUCCCUAGUUCCUUUCCUACCAUGCAGUGAUCAACACACGAUCAUCUACAGCUAUUAAUGUACAGACCAACUUGAAAAGAGAAGAAUUAGAACUAUUGGAUAACUCCAGUUGACUUUAUUUGGGAUGUGGUGGGGGUGGGGGGGGGGGGGGAAGUUACCUGAAUUAAUGCCAAUAUUAAGAUUAGCACCUAUUGCUACUAUUUCAGGAUUGUGUUGUUUUCUAGAAGCUAUUGUAUUUUUUAAACAACGUUUAUGUCUUACUUUCCACUCCAAUGUAUUAAAUGCAAUAAAAUAUGAAAAGGGAGGCAACACA